UAAGAUAGGUGCAGAAUAUGGCCAGAAAUCUAUGCUUUGUACCAGCAUUCAAAACCUGUACCGAAAAAGAUUUAGAAUUAUUACAAAAUUUUAUUGAUAAAAGUAAGAAAUUAGCCGUUAUAACUGGUGCUGGUAUAUCGACAGAAAGUGGUCUACCAGAUUAUCGUUCUAAAGAUGUUGGUCUCUAUUCACGUAGUGGUUAUCGUCCAAUGAAUUAUACGGAAUUUCUUCGUCAUUAUUCAUCACGGCAACGAUAUUGGGCGCGAAGUUUUCUCGGCUGGAAUUAUGUUCAUAAUCGUCAGCCAAAUAUUAGCCAUUUAACAUUAACAGAUUGGCAACGAUCUGGAAAAUUGGGUACCAUCGUUACACAGAAUGUUGAUCGAUUACAUCAUAAAGCCGGCACUGAAUCUGUGCUGGAGUUACAUGGAAAUCUUUACAAUGUUAAAUGUAUUCAAUGUGAUUAUCGUAUAUCUAGAAUUUUAUUUCAAACAAUUUUGGCUGAAAUGAAUGACGAUUUACUAAAUGAUGAAUCGAUACGAACUCGGUUUGAAGAAGGUCGAAAUAUUUAUAAUCGAACUAUAAGACCGGAUGGUGAUAUCGAUAUAAUCGAUGAUUUCGUUUACUCAUUUCGAUUUCCGAUGUGUCGACGUUGUGAUGGUAUUCUUAAACCUGAUAUUGUUUUUUUCGGUGAUAAUGUUCAACAACAAUUAGUCGAACAAAUUCAUCAGCAAUUAAAUGAAUGUGAUUCCCUAAUAGUGUUUGGAUCAUCAUUAAAGGUAUUUUCCAUAUUUCGUUUCAUCUUACACGCAAUUCAAUGCGAAAAACCAUUGGCCAUUGUAAACAUAGGGCCGACUCGUGCUGAUACAUUACAAGGUAACAUUUUGAAAAUCGAUUCCAAAAUCAGUGAUGUAAUUACGAAAAUUCAAAUCUAAUUUUAUUGAAUUCAAUUUAUAAUGAAAAUUUAAAUCUAAAAAAAAUUCUA